ACAAGAACCAUUUGUUCUUCUUGCUCCCAAGCCCACCCGAAACCCUACCUUCUUCUUCCAUCCCACAAGAGCUCCGGAUCUGCAACUGGCGAUCGUGUAGUGCGACGCGGAGGCAACUGGCGACGACGACCGGCGUCUUCGCCGCCGGCGCCUCCCUGAUUGCGGCCGGCAUCCACCUCUCCUACGCCAACGUCGCUUCUCAGCAAGCCCGCGCGAAAGCUCGCAGCGACUUCGUCAAGUCUCGCCUCCGGAAGCUCCUCGACGAUUGACCCUCCUGACCCGCUGCCCCCCGGCCCUACCCACAAGUGACGAUUUCUCUCUUCCGGAGGAGCGAGGCAGUUCGGAUCUGAAGAGAUCUGAGGAAAAUCACCAUCGGCUCCGACUCGGUUUCGCGAUCAAGAUUCUGAGGGGAAAGCGAUCGUUGGCUUCAUUCAUUUGCGGAGAUUUCGGCGAUUCCGGCGAAAACUAGUGUCUCCGGCCCCACUACGCCGCCUUCCACAACCUCAACGCCGGCGUCGGCUUCCAGGCCCUGCUCCUGCCCGUCUCCUUCGCUUUUCUUUGCUGGUACCAUGUAUGAUUGAAAGAGGAAAACUAAUAAUUUGGCAACUAAUUGUCUCUCUGCCACUAGUAAUCUGCAUUGAGCACAGGUUACAUGGAUAUGCUCUCCAUCAAAGAUAUAGUACCUGCUGCACUAAACAACAUAAUCACACAAUUCAUUCUUUUGGACAAAGGUAAGGUAGCCAUGGAAGGCCAGAGCAAGACAUGCUUGGCACUUGUAGCUGAUGAGACCGCGGCUGUACAUUUCCAGUUCUGGGGUGAGGAGUGUGACCUGUUCAAGCCUGGGGAUAGUAUCCGUUUGACCAACGGGAUUUUCUCUUACAACAGGAACCAUCUUCUGUUGAGAGCAGGGAAGAGAGGGAGUAUCGAGAAGGUGGGUGAAUUUACCAUGACUUAUGUCGAGACUCCCAACAUAAGCGAGAUACGGUGGGUUCCCGAUCCAAACAAUUCUAAAAAGUAUGCGCGGGAAGCUGUUAUAUCUCCUUACUCACGUAUUUUCCCUCCAUUGCUUUGAUGGUGAAUGUGGUUUGUUUGCUGCUAUUACCGAUUGCAAUAUAUAGACAAGCACGUGUAAGGUGUAGAGCCCUUUCGUUGACCGAAGCUUGCUUUUCGGCAAAGCACUCAAUAUAUGUGUCGAGAUUUUUGUUCC